GGGCUGUGACGGGGGCAGGGCUGUGGGACCGAGCGAGGCCCGGAGUCGCCAGAGGGAAGAGCGGGGAACUUGUGUGCAGAGCCCCGGUAGCCGAGCCGGGGCAGGGCCGCACCGGCCCAGUGGUGUUCAAGAGUUCCAAUCCAGGGCAAAGAACCAGUGGAGGUCCUGAGCCAUGGCAGUGUGGAUCCAAGCCCAGCAGCUCCAGGGCGAUGCCCUUCGGCAGAUGCAGGCCCUGUAUGGGCAGCACUUCCCUAUUGAGGUCCGCCAUUACCUCUCACAGUGGAUUGAGAGCCAGCCAUGGGACUCCAUUGACCUGGACAACCCCCAGGAAGGUACCAAAGCCACACAGUUGUUGGAGGGGCUGAUCCAGGAGCUACAGAAGAAGGCGGACCAUCAGGUGGGCGAGGAUGGCUUCCUUCUGAAGAUCAAACUGGGACACUAUGCGACCCAACUACAGAAUACAUAUGACCAUUGCCCUCUGGAGUUGGUGCGCUGCAUACGACACAUCCUCUACCAUGAGCAGCGCUUGGUGCGAGAGGCCACAGAUAGCCCCUCCCCUGCUAGCAGUCUGGCUGAUGCUCUGUCUCAGAAGCACCUUCAGAUCAACCAGACCUUUGAGGAGCUCCGCCUGGUGACUCAGGACACCGAGAACCAGUUGAAGAAGCUCCAGCAGACGCAGGAAUACUUCAUCAUCCAGUACCAAGAGAGCCUUCGUCUACAAGCCCAACUUACUCAGCUCUCCCAGCUAAACCCACAGGAGCGCAUGACCCGUGAGCCUACUUUGCAGCAGAAGAAGGUGACAUUGGAAGCAUGGCUCCACCGCGAGGCGCAGACAUUGCAGCAAUAUCGUGUGGAAUUGGCUGAAAAGCACCAGCAGACACUGGCCCUGCUCCGUAAGCAGCAGACAAUCAUCCUGGAUGACGAGCUGAUCCAGUGGAAGAGGCGGCAGCAGCUAGCAGGAAAUGGCGGCCCUCCUGAGGGCUCUUUGGAUGGCUUGCAGACUUGGUGUGAGAAGCUGGCUGAGAUAAUCUGCCAGAACCGUCAACAAGUGCGUCGUGCGGAACACCUGUGCCAGCAGCUGCCCAUUCCAGGACCCAUUGAAGAGAUGCUGGCAGAACUCAACACCACCGUCACAGAUAUAAUUUCUGCCCUAGUCACUAGCACCUUCAUCAUCGAAAAGCAGCCUCCUCAGGUCCUGAAGACCCAGACUAAGUUUGCAGCCACUGUGCGGCUGCUGGUGGGUGGAAAGCUAAAUGUCCACAUGAAUCCCCCACAGGUGAAGGCCACCAUCAUCAGUGAGCAGCAGGCCAAAGCCCUACUGAAGAAUGAGAGCACCCGCAAUGAGAGCAGUGGUGAUAUCUUAAACAACUGCUGUGUGAUGGAAUAUCACCAAGCAACUGGAACGCUGAGUGCUCAUUUCCGCAAUAUGUCCUUGAAGCGGAUUAAGCGUUCAGACCGGCGUGGCGCUGAGUCAGUGACUGAAGAAAAGUUCACUAUCCUCUUUGAGUCUCAGUUCAGUGUCGGUGGCAACGAGCUGGUCUUCCAGGUGAAGACAUUGUCUCUGCCAGUGGUGGUGAUAGUGCAUGGCAGCCAGGACAAUAACGCCACUGCCACAGUGCUAUGGGACAACGCGUUUGCGGAGCCGGGCCGUGUGCCCUUUGCUGUGCCUGACAAGGUGAUGUGGUCGCAGCUGUGCGAGGCCCUCAACAUGAAGUUCAAGUCUGAGGUCCAGAGCAGCCGAGGGCUCACCAAGGAGAAUCUACUCUUCCUGGCUCAGAAGCUCUUCAACAGCAGCAUCAACCACCUAGAAGAUUAUAACGGCAUGGCUGUCUCCUGGGCUCAGUUUAACAGGGAGAACCUUCCAGGGCGAAAUUACACAUUCUGGCAGUGGUUUGAUGGGGUGAUGGAGGUCUUGAAAAAACACUUGAAGCCUCACUGGAAUGACGGGGCUAUCCUAGGUUUUGUCAACAAACAGCAGGCCCAUGACUUGCUAAUUAACAAGCCCGAUGGAACCUUCCUCUUGAGGUUCAGCGACUCUGAGAUUGGAGGUAUCACGAUCGCCUGGAAGUUUGAUAAUACUGACAGAAUGUUCUGGAACCUGAUGCCCUUCACCACCCGUGACUUCUCCAUCCGCUCCUUGGCAGACCGUCUUGGUGACCUCCCAUAUCUCCUCUACGUAUAUCCUGACCGGCCCAAGGAAGAGGUCUUCUCCAAAUACUACAUGCCAUUCCCUACAAAGGCAGCAGAUGGAUAUGUGAAGCCACAGAUCAAGCAAGUUGUGCCAGAUUUUAUCACCACAUCUGGAGACUCCGCAAGUGGAGGAACUACCUACAUGGAGCAAGCUUCAUCCCCAGCUGUCUGCCCUCCAUCCCACUACAACAUGUAUGCACAGAACCCUGACUCCGUGCUGGACCCAGAAGGGGACUUCGACUUGGAUGACUCAAUGGAUGUGGCACGACACGUGGAGGAGCUGCUGAGGCGCCCCAUGGACAGCCAGUGGAUCUCAGACGCGCAGUCGUGACCCUGCCCCCUUCCCUGGAGAGACCGUGCAGAGACUGUGAAACACUGGGGCACUGCCCUCAGGGAGUGCAGCUGCUGUGGGGGAUGCAUUUCCACACCCCAUAGUGAGGCAGGUUUCCCUGCUCUGGCUAAGGGGGUGCCCGAGAGGCAGUGGGUGUCGUCUCUCCCCUUGUCCAUGUGCAAAAGGCAGUGGCGUAUAUUGCUUGGUUUUCCCAUCUGCUCUUCUGAGAGGCUUACCUCAGGCCUUCUGCUUUGGCACGCCGUCUCCUUCUGCCAAGCUGCCGUUUGAUUUGUGUUGGGAACCAUUCCCUCCCCUCCUUCCAGAAUUCAACACACUGCCGUUCUUUGCCUAGAAGCCUUUUGGUAUCUGGGAGGAGAGGGGGCUGAGCUAUGGACGAGAGCAGGCCUUAUUUGAAGUAUUGUCUUUUGAAAUCUUUUUUUUUUCCUGUGUCUGAAAUUUCUUUUCUCAGCUGCACCCAAGAUAAACGGAGGGGGCUGCCUGCCUGUCUGUCUGCCUGCCUGCAUUUGGUCUAUGUUUCCUUUGUGCACGAAUGUGUGCUGCAUUCUGUGCAAGGGACAUUGACUCUGUGGGAGCCCUGCUAGACACUGCAUCAGACUGCUUCUACCAGGUUCCCCAGGUUUGAUAGAGAGAACCCUCUGGAGCCAUUUUAUGUACCUGUCCCAUCCCAAUCUCUUUUUGCCUUGUUGCAAGAUAGAUGCUUAGCUUGUGGCUCUUGCAUCUAACACCCUUGGCUUUUGCUGUGUCUGACAUUUUGUUCCCAGAUACCACAAGUUCAGCAGAUUGUGGAGGACGUUUUUGUUUUGUUUAAAUAAGUUGCAAACAGAGUGCAGAAUUAAUAUUGGAAAUAAUGGUAUUCUUCCCCAUUUGAAGUGUGGAGCAGGUUCUUGGGUUUCAUUGCUCGGUGAAGAGAAAAAGGGAUAUUCUGAGUGGGGAGUUAUAGAUGUGUGGACAGAAUCUGCCACUUCUGUUUCUCUUCCCCUCUCCAACCCUCUCAUCUGACUGAACAGUUAGGAAGCACAGUUUCCUGAAGGCACUAUUUUUAUACCUACAAGUUAAUAAAGCUCAGAGUAUUUUAA